AUGAUUCUUGAGAGUGCCAAAAGCGGAGAACAAACGUAUGACUUCAUAAUUGUUGGAGCGGGCACCUCUGGCUCAGUCUUGGCGAGUCGGUUGACGGAGCAAGCAAAUUGGAAUGUACUACUGCUGGAGGCGGGAUCCCUGGAGAGCAUGAUCAACCGCCAGUGUUCGAUAGAUGCCGGCAAGGGGCUCGGUGGAUCUACACUCAUCAACGGCAUGAUGUUCACGCGUGGUAACCGGGAAGAUUACGACCGUUGGGCCGCCGCUGGAAAUUCCGGCUGGUCGUACGACGACCUACUGCCGUACUUCCGAAAGCUAGAGUCGAUGAAGAGCCCCGAGGUAGACCGAGAAUACCACUCCACUGACGGACCGGUUAGCGUUGAGUUCCCACCCUUUCGUAGCGACAAAGGACAACUCUUCCUCCAAGCUGCUCGCGAGGCCGGGUAUGGUCAGGUUGACUAUAAUGGCCGCACGCAGUUCGGUACAUCACCGAUCCAGUGUACCACAAAUUUUGGCCAUCGCUGGACCGCAUACAGAGCUUAUCUUGAACGGAUACUUCUGCAGCGAAGAAACUUCCACCUGAGCACCGACAGCUUUGUGACGAAGAUCCUCAUCGAUCCGGUGACAAAACGAGCAUUUGGUGUGGAGUACCUUCUAAACAACGCGACACAUCGGGUGUUCGCCAACCGAGAAGUGAUCCUGUCUGCUGGGGGCAUUAUGUCACCGAAGCUUUUGAUGCUGUCUGGAGUAGGACCGGCACAACACCUGCAAGAACAUGGUAUCACCGUGCUGGCAGAUCUGCCCGUCGGGUUGCGCUUACAGGAUCACCCGUGCUUCAUCGGAUUGCAGAUAAUCGUGGAUCAAUCACCCUUCUUCAUUCCGGAGGGCUUGAUAUCGGUUCCGAACCUGAUACAGCUGCUACAGGGCCGUGGAGUACUGACGCUCCCAGCGUCAGUCGAAACUAUUAGCUUCCCAAACAUAACGGCAGGAGACCGGACGAGUCCGCUGUUGGAGAUUGCCAGUACGUUCGGCUCGUUUGCCACUGACCGAGGUGUUGUUUCGUCCCACGCGAUCCGCCUAACACGUUCCGCGUAUCGCGACGUAUUCCAGCCGCUCGAAUGGCUGGACCAUUUCUCCACGAUAGUGAUACUGUUGCAUCCCCAAUCUGAGGGCUACGUGAAACUACGCAGUGCCGAUCCUUUGGCUGAUCCGAUCGUGCAACCGAACUUUUUCGACGAUCCCACGGACGUUGAGUGGAUGCUUGACGGGAUACGCGAGGUUCGGCGUAUUCUUGAAAGUCCUAUGAUGCGUCAACACGGAGCUCGCUUCUCGGAACACCGCGUUUCGAACUGCCGACGAUACGAGGCGCUCUCGGACGACUAUUGGCGAUGCGCGAUCAAAACACUCUCUAUUUCGCUAGCGCAUUACAUGGGCUCGUGCCGGAUGGGGCCAGUUGGGGAUCCUAUAUCGGUGGUCUCGGCUGAACUGCGAGUGCACGGCAUCUCGGGGCUGCGAGUCGUCGAUACCAGUAUCAUCCCUGAGCCGGUGUCGGGUCAUACGAUGGCCCCUGCCUACGUGAUCGGCGAGAAGGCGGCUGACCUCAUCAAAGCCACGUACGGCUGA